AUGCAAGGUGGAGAUGGUAAUUCCCCGGGGUAUGGAGACUCGGGAUAUGGCAACUUCCCCAAUCAGACGUGGAAUCCGCACUCGCCCCAAUUCCGGGUCCAGCCAUCCCAGCAGAGGAACUUGGUUCGCCAACCAUCGGGGUUCGGGGACUACCGAUCGAAUAUGGACGCGAUCAACAACCCGUCCCAGCAAUUCCAAUCCUCCCAAUUCCAAUCCUCCCAAUUCCAAUACUCUUCGUCUCCUCUGUCUGAAUCUGAUAGAUACACAUGGGAACAGUUGAUGGGUACACCGGAGACCCCGACAUCCGGUAGUGUGGAGAUGGAGGCCCCCAUCGGGGGUCGCCGAACCGACGGUGGUGGGGGGCGAGGCGGCGGCGGUGAGAGUGGGAGGCGAGGCGGCGGCGUUGGGGGGCGAGGCGGCAGAGAGCAUGGGCCAACCGGCGGCGGUCGAGGCGGAGACAGAGAGCCGGCCACCGGCGGUGGCCGAGGCGGUGGUGAUCGGCGGGGCGAGAAGUACAACGACGACGAAUCCCUCGCUGUUGCGCUGGCUUGGGAGGCGGUCACGACGAAUCCGGUCAUCGGCACGGAUCAGACCGACAUUUGCUUCUGGAGGCACGUCCUGACUGUGUACAACGGCUUCAAACCAGAAGGCAGUGCCGGACGUGAUGAAGGCCAGAUCCGGAAGAAGUUCGGCCGGAUCAAUAGAGAUGUGAAGAGGUUCAGGAACAUUUACGAGAGACAGCUCCAGAAUGCCGAAAGCGGCCGCAACGAAGCCGACGCGAUCUGCGACGAUGAGACCGGUCCUACUGGGAAGCGGACAAAAAUCGGGGCCGACGGCACCUACAGCAGUGGUACCGACUCACGUGCAUUCGACCUUAAUGACGAUGUGAGGGAUGAGCCACCCUCGACAAUGUCGAGGCGCCAGCGCCCGCAGGGCAAACAAUCCGCCAUCCGGGAAGCUAGAUCCGCUUCCCAAGUCUCUCGGGCGAGCGCGGCGACACCGCACCCUUCACCACCGACCGCGGCGUUGACUCAAACACUGGAGGUGCAGAUGAUGAAGCAACUCCAGGAUAACUUGUCCUUGUUCGAGAAGUCGACGGACCCUAUCACCAAGAUGAUGUACUACGACGUCAUUCUUAGGUUGAGGUCGAAGUUGGGCUUCUCCGAUGGGUCGGCGACGGGCGAAGCAAGCGACAGUGUGGCCGGUGUCGGCGGCGGUGGAGGAGAGAAUUCGGCUAGUUAA